AUGGGUAUGUGCCUGAGUUCCUCGAUGCACUGGGAAGACUUAGAGGAGUACCAGGCCCUGACCUUCCUAACCAGAAAUGAGAUCCUGUGUAUCCAUGACACCUUCCGCAAGCUGUGUCAGGGGAAGUAUUAUAAGGAGGCAACAUUAACUAUAGAACAAGUUAGCUCUUUACCAGCUUUACGGGUUAACCCUUUCAGGGAUCGAAUCUGCAAAGUGUUCUCUCAUGGCGAUGUAUUCUCUUUUGAGGAUGUGCUGGGCAUGGCUUCUGUGUUCAGUAAGAAGGCCUGCCCUAGCCUAAAGAUUGAGUAUGCCUUCCGCAUUUUUGAUAUCAAUGAGAACGGUUUCAUCGAUGAGGAAGAUCUCCAAAUCAUCAUUCAGCGAUUGCUUAACAGUGAGAACCUGGGAGCAGAUGAACUGACACAAUUAACUAAUCAUAUCCUGGCAGAGGCUGAUCUGGACAAUGACCACAUGCUGUCAUUUUCAGAGUUUGAACACGCCAUGUCCAAGUGUCCAGAUUUCAUGAGUUCCUUUAGGAUUAAUUCCUGGUGCAUUUGAUGGAGGAGUCGCUGUCUUGCAAACACCCUUACCAGAUUGAGGUCUUUGGCGGCCACAAGGACCAUCUCUGGAAUCUAAUCCAGUUCCCAUCUCUUGGCAUUAGGGGAAAGGCCCUGACUAGAAAUAUAUUUCUUGCUCUGGAAAGAAUAAA